UAAAUGGAAAACUAACAAAAUAUUUUAAGCUCAGUAGAAACGAUAUUAGUUCACUUUGUGACAAGAAAUACCUGCCGACCAUCGACAUACAACAGAUUCGCGGUGACAAAUUAAGCCGCUUCAUGAAAACGGGACUAAUUAGUACACAUAAUAAUAAUAAUCAAAUGUGCAGUCUAACCUCACACUCCAUUACAAACAACUGUUGCGGCUGAUUUGAGGAUUUAGAAGGAAAAUUACAUUGGAACGCUCAGCAAACUCGAAAACAAUUCCACGCGAAAGUUAACAAUAUAGGGAGGAAAUGAAGAAUAUGUUACCUAUGACUUAAAAAUAUGAAAACAAGAACACAAGGCAUUUCACAACAGCAUAUGGUCAACUGUAGAUAGAAAAAACGUAACAGAAGCACGUGGAAGCGAAUGGCUGCAUAGACGAACAUUAACCAAAAAUAAUUACGCCGAAUGUUGUCUAAAAUGAUGGCACCUGAGAUGGCGAAAUGCUAUGCCGAUUCUGUUAAGAAUAAUAUGAAACGUGCAGCGGUUGAAUCAAAGGAGAAUAAUAGAGAACCACAGAAAAACUCGACGAACGUCAAACCUCCAUCCAGAACUACAAAUUCUAAUUGGGACCAGUAUAAAAACGUUGUCAAUACACCUGCAACACAGAAAUCACCUUCUAAACGCCAUUCAACAAAUUCUGAAGUACCUCACAAGCGCAAGAGAGUGGCCAAAGGGAAAAAAAUCACAUAUUUGGUUAAAUCUGCGGUAACCAAUGUAAUGGCAAAAAUGGAUCUGGACAACGUGGAGUUAACCAAUCAAGUAGCAAUGGACUGUGAAAUGGUUGGUAUUGGGGACGGUACUGAGAGUAUGUUAGCAAGAGUGUCGUUAGUCAAUCGUCAUGGAGCCUGUAUUUACGACAAAUAUGUCAAACCCAGAGAGACUGUUCAAGACUAUCGCACCCCAGUGAGUGGAAUCCGACCCCACCAUCUCCAAAGUGGUGAAGAAUUCCACGUAGUUCAGGAAGAAGUAGCUAAUAUCCUUCGAGGAAGGAUUCUGGUUGGUCAUGCACUGAAAAAUGACCUCUCUGUCCUUUUUCUGUCACACCAAAAGAGGCAUCUCCGAGACACCUCAAGGUACACUCUGUUUAGGAACAUCUCAAAAGGCAAUACUCCAAGUUUGAAGAAACUCGCUGCGGAGUUGUUAGGCAUUGACAUUCAGACUGGUGAGCAUAAUUCUGUGGAGGAUGCUAGAACUGCAAUGCAGCUUUAUGUGUUGUAUAAGAAACGUUGGGAAACUGACAUCCGUUCUAGAUGAUCUUGACAGUGUGCACAGAGAUAAAUUCCCAGAACAAAGUAUUUUUCCCCUUCAGGGAAAUGAAAUUUUUGGACAAUGGAUGUGAUUUUUUCAUAUAGCCGUAUGUACAAAAAGUUUUUCAUUUCCAAAAAUUCAUUUUCUGAAUUCGUUUGACAGUCUUUAAAUGCAUGUAAGAUUUUCGUUCCAUUUGCAAAGAUUUCCACUCAAUUUUUUGUAGAUUUUAUAGAAUUUUUGUUACUUGGAAAAUUUUGUCACAAUUUCCUGUGAAUAACUUAAAAUAAUUAUUAUUGGCCAAAUUGCAUCAACAGUGUUGCCUUCAAACUCUCUGUCCGAUUUACAGUAGGCAGAGGAUUUACAAAAGCGGAUGCUAGCGUCCACCCUGAUGGAAACAUCAGGGAACCGUACCACAUAAGUUGAACAUAACAAUAAAUACGUAAAUUUGAAUAUUGCCCAAAGUGUUAAAGAUUUAUUUUCAUUAAAUGGAAGAAUAAAAAUAAUUAGUUACACAUUAAAA